AUGACGAAAGGGAGGUUCUUUUCCGCGUACGCGGACGUGUUGGAAAAAAACCCAUCGUCGUCGGCGUCAGCCAACACCAAUGGUAGAAAUGGUGGAUUGCGACAAAAAUCAAAGUACGAAAACAUUCUCGUCCCGGAUCCAUUCUCGUUGGUACAAAAAGAGUUACAAUUUAUCUCGGACAGAAUGAGAGUGGCGGUGCAAACGGAUUUACCGGCUCUGGCGAACGCGGCGGAGUAUUUUUUCAAGUACGGCGCGGAAGGGAAGCGGAUGCGACCGACGGUGUUGUUGCUGAUGGCGAGCGCGUUGAGUCCGGUUUCUAACUCCGGUGAUGUUGUCAGGGGGGGAGGAGAAGAUGUCGGAAGGCGGAUGUCUUCUGGAGAUGCGUUCUCCUCGUCAUCAUUUCGUAGUAGCAGAAAUAGCGCAGAAGAAGAAACGGUAGAUUUGUCGCCGGCGCACGAGGUGCCGAGCGAUAACAGACAGAGACAGAGAAGAUUAGCGGAGAUUACGGAGUUAAUUCACGUGGCGAGUUUAUUGCACGACGAUGUUUUGGACGGGUCGGCAACGAGGAGAGGUUUACGAGCUUUGAAUUUAGAGGUUGGGAAUAAGUUGGCGAUUUUAGCGGGAGAUUUCUUACUCGCGAGAGCGUCGGUAACUUUGGCGAGUUUGCGCAACGUAGAAGUGAUUGAGUUAUUGAGUCGCGUUUUGGAACAUUUAGUGAAAGGAGAAGUGAUGCAAAUGACGCAAGCAAAGGACGAAGAUGAAAGGAGUGGGAGUGGUUCUUCCUCUUCCUCCUCCUCCUCCUCUUCUUCUUCGUCGUCGUCUAUCGAGCGGUACAUUGAGAAAUCGUAUUAUAAAACCGCCUCUUUGAUAGGUAACAGCGCUAAAGCGGUGGCGUUGUUAGGCGGUCACAGCUCAGAAACUUCAGAAAUUGCAGAGAGAUUCGGAAGACACCUAGGUUUAGCGUUUCAGUUCCGCGACGAUGUGCUCGAUUACAUCGGAGAUUCGAGUUUGCUCGGGAAACCAACUCUAGGGGAUUUGAGGGAAGGUAUCGCCACCGCGCCAGUUUUGUUCGCCGCUGAGAAGUUCCCGGAGUUGCACUCGUUGAUCAAACGUCGCUUCAAAGAGAUUGGCGACGUCGAACGCGCGGCGAAGCUUGUCUUCGAAAGCGAUGGUAUUGAAAUGGCUUCGGAUUUGGCCAACGAACACCGAAAUUUAGCCUUGGAUGCGUUGGAAGAAUUGCCUGAUAUCGAUUGCGAGUUUGCGAAUACCUGCAGAGCGGCGCUUAGAGAGAUUACGAACAGAGCGGUGGACAGGAAGAAAUAA